AGGAGCUCCUGUACCUGCACUGCAGCGUUUCCUCAGCCCGCACCACUGAACCCAACACUGCCGUGUGCCCUUCACGGCUCCACCCAGGCAUCACGCUGUGAACAGGUAUGCUACACAAGGGUUAUCUGAGCGGAAACUGCAGCAUACCCCCAACUGAUGAAGACGCAGCGGUGUGAAAACGGAGAAAAGAGAGAAAUCAGUGCACCGGAGAUAUUGUGAGUGUUUAUAUGUAAAGGGUGAGAACUCCGUGUAAUAAGCAUGUGCUAAGUAACGGGGGACGUAAACAUGCAAUAAGUGGAAGUGGCAACCAGGUAGUGUACUACGCACGAGCGCUCGCUCCGGACCUCCUCACUGAACUUUACCCACUGAGCUUUGACGCGAUGGCUGCUGCUCUGGGGGAAGUUGGUGGCGUCUUGCACGGCAUCGAUGGUGUCCCACAGGUCGGGUCCACUUUCUUACUGACCCCUCCCGGGGACAGUCCGACCCUUCUGGGGGAGCACUUCAUGAUGUCCGGGGACAGGCUCUCGCGCAGCACCGCGGCGGAUUUAACGCACCUCAAAGGGAUUCUCAGGAGGAGACAGUUAUACUGCAGGACUGGAUUUCACCUGGAAAUACUUCCGGAUGGCUCGGUGCAAGGGACGAGGAAGGACCACAGUCGUUUUGGUAUUUUGGAAUUCAUAAGCCUUGCUGUUGGGUUGAUAAGCAUUCGAGGGGUGGACAGUGGACUCUAUCUGGGGAUGAACGACAAAGGAGAGCUGUAUGGAUCUGAGAAGCUCUCAGCUGAAUGUGUCUUCAGGGAGCAGUUUGAGGAGAACUGGUACAACACAUACUCGUCCAACCUCUACAAACACGGAGACAGAGGGACGCGUUACUUUGUGGCAUUAAAUAAAGACGGGACACCAAGGGACGGGACUAAAUCCAGGCGCCACCAGAAAUUUACACACUUCUUGCCCAGGCCUGUGGACCCUGACCGUGUGCCGGAGCUGUACAGGGAUAUCCUGGGACACAGCUGAGGCCUGGGGGCCCGGUCCAGUUCAGGAAUAGCUGCUAAAGCCCUGGCAGGCAGGGAGCAGAGAAGAGGAGAGGGACCCAGGCAGGGGUGUGCCCGGGGGAGGCUGGGGGACAGCAGCCCGACCGGCAGGGAUAAAAGUACCGGGGCCUCUUGUAGGAAUGCAUGGGCCAUCUCUCAGCAGCCAGGAAGACGGCUCACGCUCGGCAUGAGGGGCUUGUUUGUCUCACAGGGCCGGACGACCCUUAAAGUACCUGCGUGGAAUAGGAGACGAAUGGGAAACUGAUCAUGGGGCAUCUCCUCUGGUCACACAGGGUCCAUGGGAAUCUGCCGAGUCAUGAAAUAGUACUUUAAUUUUGUCAGAGAGCCGUCGUUUGUUCAGAAGGACUUUGAAGGAAUUCAGUUUUAUUUUGUUUUCUUACCUGUGUCUCAACCUGUUUGUAAAGAGCAAAAAGUGUAACAAAUUAUUUAUUCAUUUUUAGAUACAUAUAUUUAUGUUAUAUAUUUAUUUAUUUGAGAAUAUAUAUUUUUACAGUUAGAUACAAGCAAUAUAGGAAAACCACUAGAGACUGUAUCGAUUAUAUAAAGACUGAGACACUGUACCAUUAUGUCUUUUAUUCAGAAAAAAGCUCAGCUAUAGUGAGAUACUGUAAUCAUUUCAAAAAUAUGAAACAUAUUGGCAACAUCUGGAAACAGCCCCACGUAUGUGAUAAAACGUGCCUUUUAUCACAAUAUGGCAACUGUGAAUCAAUUAAAAAAAUAAUCUUUGUAAUGUUGACAUUUUAAUUCUAACCAAACUACUGUUACAUGUGUUA